AACGCUAUUCACCCCCCCUCUAGCGUUGGGCCUUUAUUAUAACAAUUGGUAUCAGAGCCUUACUCUCUGAAAGACUUAACCGUUUGAGAGAAACGAUCAAUGGCUUCUACUCAAAACUUAUACGCAGGUUUAGGAGAAGGGCAAUCCACCACGAGGCCUCCAUUAUUUGAUGGAAUGAAUUACACAUAUUGGAAGGAGCCAAUGAGAAUUUUCAUCCAAUCCAACAACUUUCUCCUAUGGAGAAUUAUCAUGAAUGGGGAAGAAGUGCCCAUGAAGAAAGUUGGGGAAACCACCGUUCCCAAAACCGAAGACAAAUACGAUGCGCAGGAUAUCAAGAAAAUAGAGAAUAACGCCAAGGCUAUCAACAUUCUUUAUUGUGCAGUAAACCCAGAUGACUACCAGAAGAUCUCUUGUUGUUCCGCCGCUAAGGAAAUGUGGGACAAGCUAGAAAUCACAUAUGAAGGUACGGAUCAAGUCCGAGAAGCUAAGAUAGAUUUUCUAACCCAUGAGUAUGAACUAUUUCAUAUGAAGGGGAACGAGAAAAUUGACGAUAUGUUUCAACGAUUCUCAAAAAUCGUAAAUGAUCUUCAUGCUCUCAAGAAGACAUACACGGACAAGGAGCUUGUACGAAAAAUCCUGCGAAGUCUCACAUCGGAAUGGCGCUCCAAAGCCGAUGAUAUCCAAGAAUCUAUCGGCAUCAGCAGUGUCACCAUUGAAGGUGUAACGCCCUGCAACCCGGUCUAAUAGAAUUGAUUAAUUUAAUUAAUUAAUUACUGUUCCGGAU